AUGCCGUAUUAUUUGCCGGUGCUCCUUAACCCGCUCAUAAAUGCUGUCUUUAAUUGUCCAACUCCCCAGAACUCACCUUUGAGAAAAGUCUUCACUCGAAUAGAGAAACAAAGAUUCGCACUAGUAACGCCGACACCUGAGAUACUUUUAGAAUACGAAGACCUUGAGUCUGGCUCAUCACUCCAAGAUCUUUGCUACUCAGCCAGUUUUGUUUCUGAUCACAUUCUAUUAUUAGGCGGUGGGGGCUGCUCACACGAAGAAGAGUACAAGACGCUUAGCGGGAAGACUAUCACUUUGAGAAACCAACAAAAAGCGUUGUUCACAGGUGAAGGGUUCGAUGCGAGGAGGAGAUGCCAAGUUCUCGAAACCGAGCUUCUUUCCAACUUCAAUGAGUACUUUCAAGGAUCAUCAACGUAUCCAAUCAUACAUGUUGAUUUCCCCCUAACGGGCCGACUUGCCAGGCGAGAUGAAUGGCCAGGGUUUAAGGCAUAUAGAUUUGCGAGUACUGACACAACAUCUGCAAAUAGUUCACUAGCCGCCUCUACUGAGCCGAAAGCUUCUUUAGAACAGAUGCUUCGCGCCCACCCAUCAUAUGGAGAUAAGCUGAGUGCAAUCAUUAGAACCCAAAGAGCUGCACUCUCAUCAUCCACUUACAAUGCAGACAACUUGGCUGCUCACUUCAUGCAAACAUGCGAAAAAGCGCUGGCAGCGAUACAAGAGGAUCAAUCAUUUCGCGCUUUUCCAAAUCUUCGCUUACAGAUUCACGAAUACGUUGAAAUGAAUUUGUAUGACGAUUUUUGGGCCCAGUUAACUAACUCAUUGAAAGAUUCUGAGAUCGAGAACCAAAGCGAUUUUUCCAUUCUGAGAAACAUUUCUAUAUCUCAAGUUCCCUCUUUCUUAUACCCGACCGAUCGCCAGAAAUUUGACAUCCGAUGCGUUACGCAAGUUGAAAAGAAUCUCCGGGAGGCAGUCGAGUGUCUAAGAAGGUUGCCCGUCACGAACAGUCACUCCUCUAAAGCGAAAGUCAUUGUUGAAACCCUACAAACGGUCUCUAGGAGCCUGGAAAUAAAUGAUAAAGUUAUUUCAGUUGAUGCUGAUACUUUGGUUAGUCUUUUGGUAGUAGUGGUUUGUCAAGCGGAGGUCAAAGACUUGAAAAGCCACCUUUUCUAUCUUCAAGAAUUCGCCAAGGAUUCUAACUCGAUAACCUUCGGCAUAUUAGCGUACGGCAUGUCAACCCUUGAGGCUGUACUUUCAUACUUCGAGAGUAGAGAGAAGUUGAAAUUACUGGAAAAACACUGCUCCUCGAACGCGAGUUACUGGGAAGCUCUAGCGGAUGGAAAACUGCCGCUUGGAUCCCUGAAUCCUUCUGAGGUUAAAGAUAUUCUCAGGACAAGAACACCUGCUGGUCUCUCGUGCCUGUCUAUAUGUCUCCAAAAUAGACAGCCAAAUCUUUUUUUGCACCUCGCGACAAAGUUUGAACAUUGUUUUCCUCUGGAAGACCUUCUGAAUGACGAGACAGUUGAAGGUUCUAAUUUACUGAUUCAAAUGCUGGACAAUGGUUGCAGUAGCCUUUCUGGGAACUUUAUUGAAAUGCUCUUCAGAAGUUGCACAAAGACAGAAUUAGAAUCCUUUUUGAACCACGUUAAUAGGUAUCAGCGGUCGUCUGGUCAUUACUUGAUGCAUGCUUUGGACCUUAUUGUUAAAGUCGGAAAAUUCAUAAAUUGGGAGCAGCGCGACUGCAACGGCCACACGCCAUUGUUUGCGAUAAUUCGCACUUAUGAUCACACAGAUUAUGAUGCUAUGGUGCUUGAGGCAUAUAAAUCAGCGCGUCUGUGGUGCACUCUCAAAGGAAAGCAGUUCAGGCUAUCAAAGCAUCAGGAUAAUAAAGGAAACACUUUACUCCAUGUUAUUAAGUCAAACGUUUCAGUUGUACUGGACGAUCCCCUAGUGAAUGUGAACUCCUUCAAUAAGAAAGGGCUCACGCCUAUCAUGGUUUAUGCCAGGUAUAACCGACUUGAUAACAUCAAAUCGAUUCUCAGGGAUAAGCGGCUUAUUAUCCAGAAGUGUCAGAACGGUUCUUACUUGACGUGCUUUGACUACAUAAAGAACCCAGUCGUUUUGGGAGAACUUGGCAAACAUGCCUUUUUUCUCCCACAGUCAUAUCAAAUCCGAGCACACAAUAUCAAAUUCGAAGGGGAUGAAUGGGUUUUGUGGAUGACUUUGGUAGGCAGCGUGCCAAACGCCCCAGCCAAAGUCAUCCAGCGCUCCCUGAAGUUUAUUCAGAGCUUUUUGAUCUCCUUUUCGAAAACAAAUUCUAUGACUUUUAUCCCGGCAGAGAGCCUUGCUGAAGAACUGAGUCUUCUCGCUAAAAUGAAAAUAAUUUCAAUCAACAGGCUUGAAACAAAGCAUUUCUUGAGGAGGGCAUCAGUAGUUCUUAGCCUGAUAUGCCGACAAGAGGAGUUCGAGCAUAUAUUUAACAACCCAAGCGGCAGUUUAGUCAAUGCGGCAGAGCAUGUUCAAGAACAAGAAGCUAAUAGCACAUACGGUAUGAUUGAGCCCGAAGAGGUUGCAAGCAUUCAGAAGAUCAUGAAAUUCAAUAGAACUGAAAUUUUAGCAAUAAAGUCAGGGGCGUUGAUGUUAAAGAAACUGGCCAUUUUUGGAAUACUCAAAGGGAAAGACUUAGAACGCUCACACACUAUGUUUCAAUCUCAUGGGAACAAUUUCACUAAAAUAAUAGGGCGCUCAACUAAUGUUUUUGGCAGCUUGAAACACUCGUUACCACAAUGCGAGUUUGGUUAUCUGGCGAAUAACACAGCCCUUCUUGAGCUCAGCUCAAGGCUUUUAGUCCAAAAAAUUGACAAGAUUUUGAAUCAUGACAUUCCGCAUUGGUGGAAAACAUAUGGUGAGUUGGUGUCUCUUCGUCAUGAAUACAAUAAGAAUUUUCCAGAUGAUGUCAGACCCCGGGUGGCAGAAAACACUGGAUUCAUCAGCUCCUAUAUCGAAACGAAACGAGUGAGGCUUGAACAGGGACUUGUUGGCAGAAUAAAUCGCAGCUCGAAAAAUCUAUUAAGGUUCAGCCUGAUGUUGAGAAGAAGUAACGAAAGCCUUGCUGUUGAGCUGAACAACUUCAUUAAUUUCAAGGCAGAGUUCUGGGUGUCAGCUACAAUCAAGGAACAUGCUGCUAUGAACAUAAAAUGGCUGCAGGAACAGCUAGUAUGUCUCGAAGAAGCGUUGUACGAUUAUAAAGACAAGUUCGCGUCCAAACCUGUAAAUACUUUACAUAUUAUACCCUAA